UCUUCACGAUAUAUAAUCCCAAUAGAGAAAGAGAAACUAACAGCAAUAAAGAAACUAAACCUACAUAUAUACGAACCUUAUUAUAUAGUUUUCAUUUCAUCCGUUCUUCUUCUUAUUCUCACUCAAAUGCACAUUCUAAGUUAUUACUCAUCACAACAAGGCAAUAAUAAUAAUAAUACAAUGCAACCCUCAUCCUCUAUGGAAAACAAUGAUUUGGAGAACAACAAUAGCAAUAAGGGAGUUUCAAACAACAUCAAUGGUAGUGGUAGUGGUAUUUUUGCAAAGACACCAUCAAUGGUGGUGAGAAAGAAGUCAUCAUCAGAAGAUUCAAUUAUUGUCACAAACAAUAGCAAUGGUCGAAUGGAAAUGCUUAGGAAUUUCGUGACAAAUUUGAGAGAGGUCAUUCUUGGAACUAAGCUUGCUGUGCUUUUUCCGGCAGUGCCUUUGGCUGUUGCUGCAGAUUUGUAUAGCUUUGGAAGGCCGUGGAUAUUUGCAUUAAGCUUAAUCGGACUUGCCCCGCUAGCAGAACGUGUCAGCUUCCUCACUGAGCAAAUUGCCUACUACACUGGUCCAACAGUUGGAGGGCUUCUGAAUGCUACAUGUGGAAAUGCAACGGAGAUGAUAAUUGCAUUAUUAGCACUGCGCAAGAACAAAGUGGAUGUUGUCAAGUUCUCCCUUUUGGGUUCCAUUCUCUCGAACCUUCUUUUGGUUCUUGGUAGUUCACUCCUUUGUGGUGGCUUGGCCAACCUUAAGAGGGAGCAAAGAUAUGACAGGAAACAAGCAGAUGUGAACUCACUGCUAUUGUUGCUGGGGUUGCUGUGCCAUUUGCUGCCAUUACUGUUCAGAUACGCAUUAGCAGGGGGAAGUUAUUCAAUUGCCACUUCUACCCUUCAGUUAUCAAGAGCAAGCAGUGUUGUCAUGCUAAUUGCAUAUCUUGCAUAUAUUGUUUUCCAGUUAAAAACUCAUCGAGUAAUAUUUGAUGCACAAGAGGAAGAAGAUGAUGAAGAAAAGGCCGUUUUAGGAUUUUGGAGUUCAUUUUCAUGGUUGGUUAUUAUGACAUUGGUCAUAUCUGUGCUGUCCGAAUAUGUUGUGGGAACAAUUGAGGCUGCUUCAGAUUCUUGGGGCAUUUCGGUUAGCUUCAUUAGCCUAAUCUUGCUUCCAAUUGUUGGGAACGCUGCUGAACAUGCUGGUGCAAUCAUAUUUGCUUUUAAGAACAAGUUGGACAUAUCUUUGGGCGUUGCUAUGGGAUCGGCAACUCAAAUUUCCAUGUUUGUGGUUCCAUUAAGUGUGAUUGUUGCAUGGAUAAUGGGCAUUCGAAUGGAUCUGGACUUCAAUCUUCUUGACACAGGGUGUCUUGCUUUGGCAAUUCUUGUUACGGCAUUUACUUUACAGGAUGGAACUUCACAUUACUUGAAGGGAGUUGUUCUUACCCUAUGUUACAUUGUAAUUGCUGCGUGCUUUUUUGUUCUCAAAACUCCAUUUACCGACGACCCUGACAUCGAAACUAAAACAUCCUAUCAUGCUGUGGCCUAAAUAAAAUGGUUUUGUUCCCAGAAGCUAAGCUAUGUCACCCUCUUUGCUUGUAACUGAAGCUCCUCACCUGGAUUGGAGAAUGACACCUUUUCUAUGCUUGGUGGAACAUAACAUAUGUGCCUUAGUAGCCGAGGGUUUGAGACUAAACAUAUUUCAAUGCUUUGUAUAACUUUUUCUUUGCAAUAAGGUUAAAUUUACUCUUAGAAAAAGAAAUAAUAAGGUUAAAGAUUUUGGGUCUUCGCAUAUCCAAACCCCCCUCCUCCCCCCCUUUUUUUUAUUUUUUUGUUUCUCCUAUUAUUCCCUCUGUUUUAAUUCCCUAACUACCUUUUCCUUAUUUUUAAUGGAUAUUACUUUUUCAUGUA